AAGUAUAUAUGAGCGCCGUGUUUACUGUUAGACAGAGACAGCUCUUUGUUUUUGUCAGCGCUCCGCUCUCACCAUGUCCGCGCAGACCCGCAGUGUGUGCCGUAGUUAUCCCCAGUUAUUCUAAACAACUCCUCCAUAUUGUUGUGAACGCGUCAAUUCAGGCUGUAAAGGAAGCUUCAUCUGGAAACUUCUCCCUGAGGUUUUCUCUGAAAUAGAGAGCAAACGUUACGAAAAUGGUUCUGAUUCUGGGCAGACGCAUGAACAGAGAGGAUUCUGGGAUCAGAGAAUCUCCAGCAGUCAAACGCAAGGUGUUUGAAGUUGACCAGAAAAACCUUGCCUGUCAGGAUGUCUUCGACUUCUGCUCAGGUGCGUCACACUCUGACGGCAUCCUGCAAGUGUUUAAUGAGUUCCGUGACUGCCGCUUGUUCACUGAUGUGGUCAUAAGCGUGCAAGGUCGCGAGUUCCCGUGCCACCGUGCCGUGCUCUCGGCCUGCUCCUCUUACUUCAGAGCCAUGUUCUGCAACGAUCACAGAGAGAGCCGCGAGAUGCUGGUGGAGAUCAACGGCAUCCUUGCCGAGGCCAUGGACUCAUUCCUGACCUACGUUUACACCGGCCGAGCUAAGAUCACCACAGAGAACGUGCAGUUCCUCUUCGAGACCUCCAGUCUUUUUCAGAUUUAUACCCUGCGUGACGCCUGCGCCAAGUUCCUGGAGGAACAGCUGGACCCUUGCAACUGCCUGGGCAUCCAGCGCUUUGCCGAUGCGCAUUCCUUGAAGCAGCUAGCCGGUCGCUGCCGCAGCUACGCUCUCGCCAACUUCUCAGAGGUAGCGCAGCACGAGGAGUUCUUGGACCUGCGCAAGGAAGAGCUGGAAGAGUACACCGCCAGUGACGAGUUGUCCGUUGGGAAGGAGGAGGUGGUCUUUGAGGCGGUGAUGCGCUGGGUUUACCACAGCGUGGAGCAAAGACGGCCCCUGCUGAAAGUCCUGCUGCACCACGUGCGCCUGCCGCUUCUUCACCCCAACUACUUCGUCCAAACAGUCGAAGGAGACCAGCUCAUCCAGAACGCCCCAGAGUGCUACCAGCUCCUCCAUGAGGCGAGACGCUACCACGUCCUGGGAAAUGAGAUGAUGUCACCGAGAACCCGGCCUCGCAGGUCGACCGGCUUCUCUGAGGUGAUUGUGGUGGUGGGCGGUUGUGAGAGAGUCGGAGGAUUCAAUCUGCCCUACACCGAGUGCUACGAUCCGGUCACAGGAGAGUGGAAAUCUCUGGCCAAACUCCCCGAAUUCACCAAGUCUGAAUAUGCUGUCUGCGCCCUGCGCAAUGACAUCCUGGUGUCAGGCGGGCGCAUCAACAGUCGUGAUGUUUGGAUGUACAACUCGCAGCUCAAUCUGUGGAUCAGAGUGGCUUCUCUAAACAAAGGUCGCUGGAGGCACAAGAUGGGAGUUCUGCUGGGGAAGGUCUACACCGUCGGAGGCUACGACGGCCAGAGCCGCCUGAGCAGCGUGGAGUGCUACGACUCCUUCUCAAAUCGCUGGACCGAAGUUGCUCCAAUGAAAGAGGCAGUCAGCUCUCCAGCGGUGGCCAGCUGUGCCGGAAAGCUCUUUGUGAUCGGAGGAGGGCCGGACGACAACACCUGUUCAGACAAGGUUCAGUGUUAUGAUCCAGAGACCAACACCUGGCUGCUGCGAGCCAACAUCCCCAUUGCCAAGCGCUGCAUCACAGCCGUGUCCCUCAACAACCUGAUCUACGUGUGCGGCGGCCUCACCAAGUCCGUCUUCUGCUACGACCCAGCCGAAGAUUACUGGAUCCACGUGGUCCACACCUUCAACAAACAGGAGAGCUGCGGCAUGUCCGUGUGCAACGGCAAGAUCUUCAUCCUGGGCGGCAGAGGGGAGAACGGAGAGGCCACGGACUCUAUCUUGUGUUACGACCCGGCGACGGGGAUCAUCACGGGAGUGGCGGCGAUGCCAAGACCCAUCUCCUACCACGGCUGCGUCACCAUCCACCGCUUCAACGACAAGUACCACAGAUAGCUGUGGACAAACCAACACGCUCAUGAGGGCAAACACGGGGAAAAGUGACUCAUCUAAUCUCUUCAUCUCAGACACAGUGUGGGCUCUGUCGCCUGCGAUUUCUUUACCACGAGCUUAAUCUGUUGUAGAAUCCUAUAGCAGCAAGUUUACAGAGGGUUGAUCACAUGAACAAGUGUGAGGGCUGGAAAGAAAGCCAACUUUUGUUGCUUUGAACAUGAAGUUUUCAAUAGAUUGAAAACAUUACGGAUUGAAGAUCAUCACUCCUUCUUUGAAAAAUUUAAAUCCAAGCAGACAAUCGUUCAUUUCUCAAUCUGUUUCACUCUGUUUUGUUAAAUUCCUCCUUCUUCUUGCCGACUGAAAGCACCAGUCAGAACCAGAGGGAUUAUAACCCCUGUACCUUGGGGUUGUUGUGGCAACCUUCUAUUUUCAAGUGUACCCAAUGAAAGUGGCUACAAAUGAACGAAUAUAAAAAUGCAAAGAUGAUGAAUGAGUAGUCAGGAACCCGAGUGGUGAAGGAAAAUAUCAAUAGUUCCUCAACACGUGAGGCAACUUGUGGUCAAAAAUCUUUCAACACAACUGAGCGAACAAUCCUGUGCGGUUGAGAUGAAAAUGCAGAUAAAAUUCAUGCUGAUAAAAUUGGAGAGAAAAAAUGUUCGAAGGUAUCAACUGAUCAAGCUUCAGCUUUCACCAGGGUUUUCCACCACUGUUGAAACUCAAAACUGUUUUGCAAGCUUCACUCUCAAAUUUCCUUUUUCCUCAUCAUGAUCCGGCACUUCCAGUUAACUCUUGAACACUGAUGUCACAAUCAAGAACUAUUUUCCACCCAAAACGCUUCUUACUUGUGUCAACGUGAACAGACCUGAGCGAUGUUGCUGCUGGUGAGGCAGAUUCACUGAGCCAUAAACGUCUCGGUUUCAAGGAUGUCAUGUGACCACAAUUUAAACGUCAGUGUUCUUGGGUUAUUGAUCUGUUUUCCGUGCUCCAGCUGUGUCACCCCCUUUCAACCAACUUUUUUUUUUUAAAAACCUUUUUACACUUCUUAUUGACAUGUUUUAAGUUAUACAUUUUUUAAGUACUUUUAUAUCAACAUCAUUGAUUUUAGUAUUUGUGUUUUUCCAUCACUUCCAUGGUGUUGUGGGUUCGUGGGUGGUUGUGUAGCCUUCGUAGAUCAAACUCAAACGAUGUGUCGUUGUGUUUUCAAUAUGUGACUUAGUGGCUUUUAUGACGAAGACUGGACCGAGUGGAGCCGAAGAAGAUUUAUUGUUGAGUGGUACCUGGUGACAGGGCUAUUCACUAAUGCUGGCACCUCCCACCUGUGCACUUGCAUGUUAAAAUGUAACUCGGGGUAACCAAAGAAACCUCCAGGUGUGAGUGUGUGAUAGACUGUGUGUGUGUGUCUGUAAGUAGCACUGCGAUACCUCACACAGACAGGGACUGAUUGGAGUGAGUGGGCAGUAGAAGUCACCUUUUAGUGUUGAUAGACUCCAGACAUUGCUGUGAAUAUGUGUAUUUAAGUUGUGUGUUUUAUUUUCUAUACGUGAAAGCCCCAAUUGUGCACUUUGACAGAAUCCUGUUAAAAGUAAUUUUUCUUUUUUUUUUUUUACUGUAUCAGUAAAUGUUCUUUGCUUUCAUAAGACGUAUGGUAGAGUGGUUGUCGAGUGGCUUUCCAGCUCCUCCUGUUGGUUUCACAUCAUUAAUAGACACUUGAAGUCAAAAUGGAUUUUAUUGGCAAAAGUGAAAAAGUGUCCUUAAAAAGAUGAAUUUUUGUGUAGCAUUUUGCCCCAGAGUUUGUUGAUGCAGAUGCUUAGAGUGUGACUUAAGCUCAAAAGAAAACAUGGAGCAGUUUGCUGCUGAAUCCCAAACAAACAUCACCGACAAGAGGAGCGUGAAAGCAGUGGAGCGUGUCACUUUAAAGAGGGAGAUCGACGAGUGUGAGAGAACCAUGAGUGUGUGUGCGCGUCUGUGAUAUCAUCGAGUAUUUACUCCAAAUAUAGUGAUUUGAUUUCUUGAAUAAUAUCACUUUUCAUACCAUGUUUGCUGAACGGUGGUUUAUCGAUUUACUUGUUGGGUUUUUUAUUUGAUUGGGGAUGUAUUUCAGUUGAUGUUUGUUAAACACCAGUGAUGAUGGAUGUUGAAUGCAGAUGUUGCCCAACCAAGAGUCCCAAAGUGGAUGAGGAGAAACCGUGUGUUAGUGCCUUACAAAAUAUAACAUGCCUUGGUUAGAGAUUUAAGAACAUCAUUUUGUAGUCAAUUUUGACUUUAGGUAUGUUUGGUGUGAUGUUUUCACCUACUUCCUGUCAGUUUACUUUUCAUUUCUAUACUGCAGUGUGAUUGUAAUAUUGACAACAAUAAAGUUUUUCUU